AUGCCUGAUACAUCCACUUUGGCAGCUGCAGAUUACGAUGUUGACGUUCGAAGUGGAUUCUUACCUCCACAAGAACCUGUAUAUCGAUUACAAGGGAUCGAAGAAGAAUUAUGGGAAACUGCUUUAGAUCGCGCAAGAAGCUUGCCUCUAAGGAUUGGCGGUGGUGGAAUUGCAACUACCAAAGAAGCUCGUAAACAAGCACGUCAAUGGAGAAGAGAUAUUCGACAAAUGCUAAUCUUACAUCCUUCUCCACAAUUGACAAGCGAUAUCCGAUUCGCAAGAAGGGCGCAUUUAGUGCUGGCAUUCUUGGUUCACUUUUAUAUGCACAAUGAACAAGAUCAAAUCGAUGAAGCAAAAGGACUUUACCAUGGACUCGUUCCUGCAUCACUUGCUAUUCCUUGGGUUGCUCUUUCUAAUUUGAUCGACAUUCCUCCCGUUUUGACAUAUGCCACAACGGUGAUGUGGAAUUGGUCAUUGAAAGAUACCGAGAAAGGUUUCACAGAUGAUAACCUACGCAUGACGACAACGUUCAGUGGUACAAGAUCAGAAGAACACUUUUACAUGACUUCAGUCUUGAUCGAAAAAAGAGGUGUUGAAGCACUCACAUUGAUGAGAAGAUCUUUGGAUGAAGCUUUUGUUGGUGAUACUUUGGCAUUAAGAAGGAUGCGUUCUUAUAUUCGUAAAUUGGCAAAAGUUCUGAAAGAUCUUCAACAGCUUUUGCAUGACGUUCGAACAGACUGCGAUCCAACGACAUUUUAUUGGGGCAUCCGACCUUGGUUCAACGGUGCAGAUUCAUACAUCGAUAAAGAUACUGGAGAGAAAGGAUGGAUAUACGAAGGUGUAGAAGAAUAUAACGGAAAGCGAAUGUUGUUCAUGGGUCCAAGUGCAGGUCAAAGUUCGUUAAUUCAUGUGAUCGAUGUGUUUAUGGGCGUCGAUCAUUCGGGCAAAGCUUCAGCUCCUUCUGAGAAUGGAACAUUUAUGGAACGUAUGCAGACAUAUAUGCCAGGCCAUCAUCGUAAUUUUUUGAAUCAUUUGCGAAAUAUCUCUUUUGUCGAUGAUGAAGAUCAUGUGAUGGAGGACAUGGAGACUGAUGCCGAACGUUUACGUGAAGCAUACAAUGAAGCUUUGAAUUCGCUCAAACAUCUACGUGAUGAACACAUGCGUAUUGCAACUCUGUACAUCGUUUCACAAAUGCGCAAAUCUCCGCCAGCCGAAUUUGCAAAUGGUGGUGCAAAAGGAACGGGCGGUACAGAUCUGGUGAGCUUUUUACGGGAUUGCAGAAAGAAUACGGUCAAUGCUCUGUUUGCCGAUUCCAAACCAUAGACACAUAGAAUUAAAGAUAGAUUGUAACGAAUAUGUAUGAAAUGGUGUGCAAUAAUGAUAAAAGGCUAAAAGUAGAGUGGAAUAGGUAUCUGAGUGGCGUAGAUUCGGUAUUAAGAGGUGUUUUCUGCAAUCUCCUCUUGUCCUUUUGCCAAGAGUAGAGAAGCGGUCAAGCGCAUAGGGAAACUUGGUUGACGUGGCCUGUUGAUCGUCUUUUGCAAUGGAAAGAGUGAAGAGAGACUAUCGUUUUGUUCGUUUUCAACGUUACUAUCGCCUGUAUCACAAUCGGAUUGUUGUUGUGCAUGUUGACGUUCUUUUGGCGUUGAAGAAUCAUUUGGCAUGCUCAAUGAAAAAUUUCGCGGGAAAGGUAAACCAAAAGUAUCGGAAGUUGU